AUUUCAGGCUAGAGCGCCUCUCCUCCGCCGGCCUUCCCCAAGCUCCAGCGGCUUCUAUUUCCGGCUGCGGAUUCUGUCAUAAAGCGGAGACCUCCUUUCAACCGCGGUGUCGCGGGUCCCUCGCGCCUCGUCCGGGGUCAGCGCGCAAGGACGGUCACGGUGGGGGGACUGCUCAGGCCACAGCUGAGCCAGGCCGCGGAGGGCCGGCCGUACUGGUGCACAUCCGAUCCCUCAGAUCCGCCUGGCUUUUGAACCCUCCUGAGUUAGAGCCCCUGACUGGCAGCCUCCAGGACUGCCGCUCUACAGGCCAGCGCCCAGCGCCGUGCGGUCUUCCCCGUAGUUACGCUUUGUUCCGUGAGGCGCAGCGUUAGUGAAGUCACCCCCUCCUACACACUAUUUCUACCCACGUCCGUGUUAACUUCGUUCUUCACCUCCCUUCACUCGAACCCUCCCCCUCACCUUGCCUCCGGAAAAGGUCUUUUUUUUGCCCAGUUCCAGUAAAAUUGAGGGGCUAUCCUUUGAGAUAAAAGUUACCGUUGAGACUGAGCACCCAUCUGGCGUCCCCCCCAAAAGUUCAUGUUUACUAAAGAGCUUGUGGACAAAGUAAAACCCAGUGCACACACAAAACUAUGGCCGAGCAUGGGGCUCACAUCACGACUGCCUCUGUCGCGGAUGACCAGCCAUCCAUCUUUGAGGUGGUAGCACAGGACAGUUUAAUGUCAGCAGUGAGACCUGCUCUUCAGCAUGUGGUCAAGGUUCUUGCAGAAUCAAAUCCUGCCCACUUUGGCUUCUUUUGGAGGUGGUUUGAUGAAAUCUUCACCCUGCUAGAUCUUCUGCUCCAGCAGCAUUAUCUGUCAAAAACCAGCGCCUCCUUUUCUGAAAACUUUUAUGGCUUAAAGAGAAUUGUAAUGGGAGACCAACUCAAGCUCCAGAGAUUGGCCAGUGCUGGUCUCCCAAAGAAGCAGUUUAUGAAAUCAAUUAUGUUCCUGGUUCUUCUUCCCUAUCUGAAAGUGAAACUGGAGAAGCUGGUUUCUAGCCUAAGAGAAGAGGACGAAUAUUCCAUCCAUCCCCCUUCUUCCCGCUGGAAACGAUUUUACAGAGCCUUCCUGGCAGCCUACCCAUUUGUUAACAUGGCCUGGGAAGGCUGGUUUCUGGUACAGCAGCUUCGAUACAUUCUAGGAAAGGUUCAGCAUCACUCACCACUGCUGAGGCUGGCUGGAGUUCGGCUAGGUCGGCUUACAGUUCAGGAUAUACAAGCUCUGGAGCACAAACCAGCUGAGGCCAGCAUGAUGCAGCUACCAGCUGGGAGCAUUGGUGAGAAGAUAAAGUCAGCUCUGAAGAAAGCCGUGGGGGGUGUUGCCUUGUCCCUCUCUACUGGCCUUUCGGUGGGUGUAUUCUUCCUGCAGUUCCUUGAGUGGUGGUAUUCGUCGGAAAACCAAGAAACCAUCAAGUCCCUGACUGCUCUGCCUACUCCGCCACCACCUGUACACCUAGACUACAAUUCUGAUUCUCCCCUGUUACCCAAAAUGAAGACUGUAUGCCCACUGUGUCGUAAAAACCGGGUGAAUGACACGGUUCUCGCCACCUCUGGCUAUGUGUUUUGUUAUCGCUGUGUGUUUAAUUACGUGAGGAGUCACCAGGCUUGUCCUAUCACAGGUUAUCCAACAGAGGUACAGCAUCUGAUUAAACUGUACUCCCCUGAGAACUGAAAGGGAUUAGCACCUUACCUCACAACAAAAAGAUUGUACUGUAAGGCCACA